CUGACUCCCCGCGAAAACAAGUCGGAAAAAGCUGUAUAUUUUCGCUUUGACCUUCUCAUAAUAUACCUUUUCUCUUCGCCACUCUGUUUGCUUUUAUUUUCUUUUCUACCCCCUUCUACCUUUAUAUCUUUGCUACAGUGUUUUCGACAUACCGUAAGCAGACUUCAUGGCAUUCCGAUAAUGCCACUUUUCUCCUUCGGAAUCCGAUCAUCAUCGUCAUCGCAACGUACAAAGCCAGUUAAAAAACGAUUUCAGCACAAGCUUACCGCAGUGUUUACUGAACGGUGGUGGCGUCCAAAAUCUCGUGCGGCAAAGAACGAUCGCGAAAAUACUUCGAAUACGCGCGAUUGGCGAUCGUUGUCUCCUGAUCGUCCUCCAUUGCCAAUAAUGCCAGCAGUGGCGGACAGGUUAGCAAGAACGACGCUUCCUCUGCCUAAUGUUACGCACACCACGCCGCCGACGGAACAGAUUCCGAUAUUCCAGCAUCCAGGCAUUGCUUUUGCUUCCUCCGCAUCUUAUAAAUAUCCCGCUCAUCUAAUAGAAGAUCGUACGAUACGUCCACUAUUCACCAUUGUUGAAGAAAGUGAUACCGUCAUGUCAGAAGAUUCAGUUCACUCCAGCCAACCAUCGAACAAACCACGCCACCAAUAUGAACCAGCGCUUUCGGUUCAUCUCGACAAUAUUCCCCUCGACUUGUUUCCUCCUUAUAACAAUCAAACGACGCCUAUUGUAUCACGCUCAUCCUCCUCCUCCAGUAAUUCAUCGUCGUCCUCAUCCUCUUCAUCGUCCGUAGCUUCUUAUCACGCCCCAGCCGCUUGGCCUGUCCACCCCAAGAACGAUCAUCCCCUUUAUUCCGCUGUCAUAGGCGAUGAAAUCAAGUGUAAGCGAAAGUUCGCGAAAAUGAUACGUGCCACCCAUCGUUUCCAGCAAGAUUCAAAGAAAAUCGUGCCUGAAAGAAUGGAAUUACUAUUUGAUACGCAUGACAACGUCCACAUCAUGCGAGUCACCGUAAAUGGGAAAAGCGAGCAACAUAAAUUCUGCGGAAAUUCCCAAUAUAUCCCUCCAGAGGUGUUGCUUCAUAACACCUAUAAUAGUCCCAUGGCUGAUAUAUGGGUGCUUGGUAUUUCCCUCUAUCGCAUGCUUGUCGGUAGAUAUCCUUUCCAUGCAUCGAAUGAUCGGUUAUUGCUGAAAAAGAUGAUGCAUGGUGACUUUAGUAUCCCAUCUCACUUGUCUGAAGAUGCCAAAGAUCUUUUACGACGCACGCUCGCACCUGAGGCCACGCGUGCUUCGCUUGAUCUUGUCAUGUUUCAUCCGUGGUUAAAGCCAUACCAGCUUGAAGCCAUGGUCCCACCAGCCAAUGACGAGAAUAAAAAACCGAUCGUGACCUUACCCGCUCGCGAAGUACAACCACCUGUUCCUAAGGAGCAAGCCCCCAAAGCGCCCGAGCGGAAAAAGAAAGAUCGACGGCGUAUGGGACGUGCAUUGACGCAAGCAUUUAUCUUCCUGAUCGAGGGACCGUAUCCUCCGCCCAAGCAACCGUACCAUGAGCUGGCUCAUCUCGGAAAAGAACGAGCAAAAUAAUCUCAUACUAUCAUCUUCUCUACUACUCCUAUCGUGUAACCUAUUAUUUUUGGUCUGUUUUCUUCCCACAUAUUCUAGUUUUUUGUUAUUUCAUCAUACUGUUUUUCCUACGAGUAUAUACCAUUCAUCUCUUUUCACUGUAAUUGUUAAACAGAUACUGCCACCCCUUGCAUCCUUAGACAAUUUAUUUAAAUAGAUUAAUUUUAUUUUGUGCAUACUAGAUUUAAGAGUUUUGUUUACGCUGCUUUCGGUUAUCCUUUUGCGUCAGUGACU